AGUGAGCGCUCGUAUUCUUAACCUUGAAAGUGGCCACAGCCGUGACUAGAUCCACGAUUGGGAGCACUCGCUGGAACUCCUACAGGCGGCAUGGCAGCAAUUGUGAAAGCUGAGCUCUAGCCGAGCGAGCGUCGGUCCGGUUUGCACCUCCACGACUGUCGCCGUCAUUGUCAAAACGGCUCUUCAGUUUGUCGCGCUCGGUUGCUGCGUUCGCGAUGUAAAUAUUGUGCUGCUCGCUCGUGACGAGUUUUCUCUUUGCUAGCAUAUGGACAUUUGUCGGCGCGUUUACAACUAUCGUUGGGAGCCUUUUCACGUGUGCACGAUGAAAUUGCUGGUGUCUUUGGCGUUUUUCUCAAUUUGCGUUACCCGGAGCGAUUCCGGCCUGCCUUUCCACAGGCCAGUUUCGGACAGUGAAUACCCCGGUUUAUAUGACGCAACUGACAAAGUUGUUAUUUUGACGGCUCGCAACAUUGAAGAAGUGGUGCCGAACAAAAACUAUGCGACGCUGUUGCAGUUCUACAACUCCUUCUGUGGCCACUGCAGGCGCUUCGCACCCAAGUACAAGCAGCUGGGCGCGAACCUGCAUGCUUGGCGGGAUGUCGUCCAGGUAGCAGCGCUGGAUUGCUCCACGGACGAAAACAACGAUGUCUGUCGAAAGUACGAGAUUAUGGGUUACCCCAGCUUGCGGUAUUUUGGCCCACAUUACGUAGUCGGCGAGAAGAGUCUCGGCGAUCCAAUCCAAUCGCAAGAUUUGGACGUUAUAGCGGAUGUUGUGGCGAGGAACAUUAUGUUGCAGGCGCCACAAGAGCCCCAAUGGCCCAACUUCGCCAAUCUGGAAGACGACAACCCACAAAAUUUGUUCAAGAACGAACCGGAUACAUUGAAGUAUGCCAUCAUCAUUUUCGAGCCGGAAAACUCUACAGUUGGGGCCCAGACCAUACUGAACUUCCACCAGGUAAAGGCAGUAAAGAUAAGACGCACCACGAAUGCAGAAGUAGCCAAGAAAAUGGGCAUCGAGACGUUCAACACGAUCAAGAUCUUACAGAGGAGUUCCGACUCGAUGUCCAUUUCGCUGCCCAAUGCCUCUUCCUCUACAGUAAAAAUAGCCAUCGACAAGUUCCUGCAGGAUAAGCAUUUAGUGGAAGGUCAAAACGACACAAAUAAAUCAACCAAAACAUCCGUAGAUGACCAUGGCACACUUGCGGACAUCCUGAAACAACCUCGCCACACAAUUUACCAGGCUGAUAUGGAGCAUGCUCUUCGCUACACAAUUUUCCACGAGAUUCCUGCAAAGGCGACGAUCUCUGGUGAAAAACUAUUAGCCGUGCAGCGUUAUCUGGCAGUGCUGAGUCGCUACAACCCGCUCGGCGAGAACGGCAGACGGUUUGUGGAUGAAAUGAAAAACUUCGCAUAUUCACAGAAUGAGUCCCUCGACGGGAAGAAAUUCCAAGAGACAGCACUCGAGUACGAGAAAUCAUUGGGUCCUAUUUUCUCGUCUAGCAAAUGGAUCGGCUGCAUAGCCUCGAAGCCUGGCUACCGCGGGUACACAUGUGGACUGUGGACACUAUUCCACUCGAUGACUGUGCAAGCUGCCGAGGACGAAACUGCAACCGACCCCCUGGAAGUCUUGCAGGCCAUGCAUGGAUAUAUCAAGAACUUCUUUGGAUGUACAGAUUGCGCAGCUCACUUCCAGAGCAUGGCAGCGCGUCUUAAAAUGUGGAACGUAACCAGCAAAGAUGAUGCCGUUCUUUGGCUUUGGAACGCUCAUAACCAAGUGAACAAACGACUUGCAGGCGACCCAACUGAGGAUCCAGCAUUUCCAAAAAUCCAGUUUCCCAGUAUAAAUUCAUGCCCUGCCUGCCGGCAUGAACAUUCCACAAAACAUAGCAACGAUAUUGACUGGGAUAAAGUGGAAGUGCUACAAUUCCUGAAAAACAUUCACAACCCUCAGAACAUCAGUCGAUAUGGGGUCGAUGAUGAAAGUGUAUUACCUGAAACUCCAGCGAAAAUGCGAUCCAAGCGUAUGAUUGGCAGUGUCUUCUCCGACAUGGAUAUGCGGAUGGGGAUAUUCUUAUAUAUUUUCUGCGUGGGAAUGAUGUUCGUCGCGGUAAAGCUGUUCCUUCGAAAGGGGUAUCGGAAAAAACCUUACAUGCACGGCAUGCUAGGGAAAGUAUGAGUUCUGCGAAGAAAGUUUAGAAUAAAUGUUGGAGCGUUUGUCACGUGAUUGAACUUUUUCAAUAGAAGUGCGAAAGUCAAGUGUAUAUUUAUGCAGAUAAACACCAAUAUUUUUGUUUUAAUGUAUGUGCGAAAUGUAAAUUUCUGACUAAUCAGAAUAUAUAACGUUAAGAUUUGUUAAAUUUUGUAGGAGUGAACAUUGAUACCGAAAAUAAAAUCGAUUGGAAGAAGUCUGA